UACAGUCUACACUCGAUGCAGUGGUCCCUAUAAUAAUAAACAUACACAGUGUAUAAAAGGUAUGAGAGGACAAGACCGUAAUCUAAGGUUCGAGUGGACUUUUAUAAGCAUGUGAAAGAGAAAAAAGGAAGAAAAGACGGUGGGAGAGUGAAGAGUCAACCAAACUAUUCUUUGGCGGUUUAUAAAACCGGGUUCCUCCAUCACGACGACGGUAAAACCCCCGGCGGCGAAACCGUCGGUGGUGGAAACCAUUUCUUUUCACCAGCCGCCGCUAUGUCCGGUGGUCCAGUUCAAUUCUCUUCUCCUCGUCUCUCUCUUGGCCUUCAAACAAAUGUAGAAAACAAAGGAGGAGAAGUGGGCAGAACCGGGGAGAGUUACGAGGUGAGUGUUACACGGAGAAGUCCAGAGAGUAGAUCUGGAAGCGAUAACGUCGAAGCACUCUCCGGCGAAGAUGACUUAGACGCUUCUGAUAGACCUUUAAAGAAGAAGAAACGUUACCACCGACAUACUCCUCAGCAAAUACAAGAACUCGAAUCGGUUUUCAAGGAGUGUCCUCAUCCCGAUGAAAAGCAACGGCUAGAUCUUAGCCGUCGGCUUAACUUGGAUACUCGCCAAGUCAAGUUCUGGUUCCAAAACCGCCGUACACAAAUGAAGACGCAAAUUGAGCGACAUGAAAACUCUUUAUUGAGACAAGAGAACGAUAAGCUCCGAGCUGAGAACAUGUCGGUGCGGGAAGCCAUGAGGAAUCCGAUGUGCGGUAACUGCGGUGCCUCCGCUGUUCUUGGAGAGAUCUCUCUUGAAGAGCAUCAGUUAAGAAUUGAGAACUCACGUCUCAAAGACGAGCUGGACCGUUUAUGUGCCUUAGCCGGAAAAUUCAUUAACCGGUCCGAUGACGCCGGUUCACAUCAAUUACCAAACUCUACGCUCAAACUCGGUGUCGGUUCAAGAAAUGUUGAUGCUGGUGGUGGUUUUACACUACUCCAUCCUGUAUUCGAGAUUCCAUCAUCUCAUUUCUACUCCGGUUUAAAUGCUCCGGUUAACCGUACCGGUACGGAUAUUGCUUCCGGAGGAGUCGAUGAGAAGUCAUUGUAUCUGGAAUUAGCUGUUUCCGCUAUGGACGAGCUAGUGAAAAUGGCGCAAACAAGUGAGCCACUUUGGAUCCAAAGCUCGAAAGGCAAACGUGAGAUGCUUAACCGUGAAGAAUAUGAUAAAAGUUUCAGACCUUGCCUCGGUCCUAAACCGGACCGGUUUGUCUCGGAAGCUUCUAAAGAAGUAGGAAUGGUUAUCAUUAAUAGCUUAGCCCUCGUUGAAACCUUAAUGGACUCGGAACGAUGGGCGGAGAUGUUUCCAUGUAUGAUUGCAAAAAAUUCGACUAUAGAAAUCAUCUCUAGUGGUAUGGGAGGGACAAGAAACGGUGCUAUUCAUCUGAUGCAAGCUGAGCUUCAGUUGCUAUCACCGCUAGUGCCGGUUCGUCAAGUGACUUUCUUAAGGUUCUGUAAACAACACGCAGAAGGUGUUUGGGCAGUCGUGGAUGUCUCUGUGGAUAGGAUAAGCGAACGAGGCGGUUCAGCCUCAGCUAGGUCUUCUCUGAGCUGUAGAAGGCUACCAUCUGGUUGCCUUGUCCAUGACAUGCCCAAUGGCUACGCUAAGGUAACAUGGAUUGACCACACCGAGUAUGACGAGACCAACAUCCACCAUUCGUACCGUCCAUUAGUCAGCUCGGGUCUGGCCUUUGGCUCCAAACGGUGGGUAUCCGCUCUGCAACGACAAUGUGAAAGCCUCGCCAUCCUCAUGUCCUCAGCAAUACCCAACCGCAACAAACCCACACCAGCCAUAAGCUCUAUAGGGAAGAAGAGUAUGCUAAGGCUAGCACAAAGGAUGACUGAGAAUUUUUGUAGAGGCGUGUGUGCUUCUUCUUCUCAUAAAUGGAGUAAGCUUGACAUUGGUAACAUCGACGAAGACGUGAGGAUCAUGACUAGGAAGAACGUUGAUGACUCCGGUGAACCACCGGGGAUUCUUUUAAGCGCCGCCACCUCCGUGUGGGUCCCGGUUACACCGAGACGGCUCUUUGAUUUUCUGAGAGAUGAGCUUUUGAGAUCGGAGUGGGAUAUUUUAUCCAACGGCGGACCAAUGCAGGAGAUUGCUAACAUAUUCAAGGGCCAAGAUCACUCUAACUCCGUCUCUCUCUUACGUUCCACUGCGAUGAAUGCUAGCCAGAGUAGUAUGUUGAUACUGCAAGAGACAAGCAUAGAUGCAUCUGGGGCUGUAGUUGUGUACGCGCCGGUUGAUAUCCCUGCGAUGCAUGCUGUGAUGAACGGUGGAGAUUCUGCUUACGUGGCUCUACUUCCUUCUGGGUUUGCGAUUCUACCGGAUGGUCAAGGGACGGAGGAAACCGGUUCGCUUCUAACCGUGGCGUUUCAGAUUUUGGUCAACUCUCUUCCCACGGCCAAGCUCAACGUGGAAUCGAUCGAGACCGUUAGUAAUCUGAUAUCAUGCACCGUUCAGAAAAUCAGAGCUGCUCUGAGAUGCGAUAAAUAGCUGAAGUGAAGUUAUUAUAUAACUGGGCCUUUUGGAGUCGAGAACGAACCGGAGCGUGUGGUGUGGUCCGUUUUGAUGGUUCGGGCAUUGACUCACUGAUUAGUAUUACUAUUGUGUACAUUUUGGUGAUUAGGCUAAUGAGUCUGAAGAAACAUUAAAUGAAACAACUCUCUUUCUGUUAAAACUAUCUAUUACAUUUACUUAUCAAAAAAAAAAAUCUAUUACAUUA